AAAGAGAAAACAAAAAUCACUUAAUUUCAAACAGAACUAAUGCAGGAUAAUACUCUGUAGGUGCUCUGUAUUUUAUGUACAGGUCAAAUUACUUCCAGCCAUUACAGCAACCUGUUCAUCCAUAUAAAAGGAAAGAAUCACAGGAUGCUGUGAGGGAAGUCUGAUUCCAGAGUCACUUAUUCAAAAUUUAGAGAUUUUAGAUCAAGCCUCAAAAGGUUCUGCUAAGCCCUGAAACUUCUGUGAUAGUGGCAAAUACCCAGACAGCCACUUGCUUUUGUUGUAACUUGCUUUAAUUAAUUAAUGUCUCCUUAAGCCUCUCAAGGUAAACAGUUUGCAGUUUUAGCAUUUGGAAUUUGAUACUGAGUGAUCUAAAUAAUGAAUUUUAAAUGCUUAUAUGUGUUUUCAGUUUGUUACUAGUUUGUUAAUAGGUCCAGGACACUGCUGCAAUCAUUACUACUGCUUAAAUUAAGUGUCCCUUUUAAGUAAAUUCACCUUAACUUAAUAAUAGUCAGUCUCAAAGUGGAAUAAAAUAUAAUGGCCUCCAGAAAUGUGAUCGAACUGAAGACAAACUAAUUUUGACUGGUUAUGUAAAAUGCCCAUAAUCAUCUGUUUGUAUGAUUUGAUUCAUGCCAGUGUUCUAUUAUAAGAUGUGCAUCUUUUUUCCCGUUGGUUUGUUGACUGUAGCAUGCAGUAAUCCUCCAGAAGAUCUCACUUAGAGGUGAGAACACAUUCCUUUAGGAAAGUAUCUCCCAGCAGAGCUGAAACUACUUGGUGCAUGUAAUUCUCUCCAUCUGGACAGACUGAGUCUGUAAAGCAGAAGCAUGAGUCACUGAAAAGCGGUUCAGAAUGUCAAGUAUUUUCUAGAUUCACGGAUUUGAAGCAUCUGCAGUGCCAUUACCAAUGACUGGGAGCAUUUCAGGGUAUGGUAGAAACCAGGAGGAUUUUAAGCAGUAAUACUGGGCCCUGUUAAGAGCUUUCUGCCCCCUAAAUAACUACGUGACAGGCAAGAAAGAUGGGGACAACAAGACAGAAAUAUUUCUCCACCACCAAAAUUAGAGGCCUGCUAAAUCAGGGCUCCAGAAAUAAAUGGAAAACAAUCCAAACAACAGGCAAAACUCUUCAGGAUCAAUAAAGCUGUUUGGAAUGGAAAUCUACUGAGGCCUGUAGCAUAGAUCUAUCACCAGGAUUAUUAAAAGAAAGAGCUCCCACUGAAGUGGAUAUUGGACAAUUAUAAUGUUACAGUUUCACCACUCCCAAUAAGGGACAGGCUGCAGGGUCUGAACUGUGCAGCUGCUCAUCACAGGGAAAAUAAAAGCUGUAUCUUCCAAAAUAUGCUGUUCCUAAGGAAAUUAUACAGGCCAGCUAUGCCAGUUUUGUUACAUUAUUGGGAAUUCCAGUUUGGGAUUCACUCAGUCUACCAGCAGAGGAGGACGCAGCCAUCCCAGUCCCCGCUCUAAACAAGUGUUUGCAUAAAGAAGAGCGGCCCCCCAGGAGCCCUCAGUGCUGCUCACUGUGUCACCUGAGCACUCUUUAGGAAGUCGACCCCCAAAUAAAGUUUACUUUUUUAAAUGACCCUUUCACUUGACUGUGCCCUAUCCUGUUUUCCCUGCAGCUUUCCACAAGUUUAUGGAGGUUUGUUGAGCACAACAUAAACACUUUUAACAUUCCUGAGGCAUUUUCCCACCUGGUUACUGCUUUCUCCUGUCCCACAGGGCACCACUAGAAGAAGGUGGUGGACAACACCCACGCUGGAUAAGUUUAGCACUUCAUAUGUGGCAAGUGUCUUCUCUCCACCAUUGUUUUCUUUCCCAACAUAUUUUAAGAGAGCCCUUUUACUGUAAAGUUAAAAUAAAAUUACCUUUAGGAGUAUAAAUAAAAAACCCUACCAUGGUGUCAGUGUAUUUCAGGACAAAAGACAGAGCACAAACCCCCCACGUUUCGAAGAUUCUCUUUAGAGCUCCCUACAUAAAUAGUGAUAAAGGAUACAGAGAAAUUGAAAUGCCAUUUCAUUUUCUUCUGUUUCAACUCUUCCUGUUUUCUGAAGGUUGUUACUGUGACACCAAUGUAAAAAAAAAAAAAAGAAAAACCCAACUUCCUACUUCUAAUCUGUUUCAAGUCUUUGUCCUCGUUUCUCUCUGCUUGCAUCAAGUAUUGACAGAAAUUAGACUUUUAUUGCUGAAAUGCCUGGCUCAAUCAAAGAUCCAUGAGCACAUGGCAGCUGGCCCCUGGGAUGGAGGCCCAGAACCCGCCGGCUGUGGCGGCCGCCCCAGCAGAUCCCGUCCCGGGCCCUUCCCUGCGGCCCUCGCGGGGCUCCUCAGACCCUGCCCGGGGGCAGGUCCUGCCCCAGCCCCUGUACCUCAAAGCCCUGACGAUCCCGCUGCUCCAGCCCGUCCAGCCAGGAUGCUUCCAGCCACACGGGCCCUUGGUGACCGGCAGGAGCUGUGUCCACCUCGACGGCGGCAACAUUCCCCUCAUCCUCAACCCGCUCGUUGCUCCGGAAGGCACGGAGCAGCCUCAGCCGGUUUUCCAGAAACAGCUUGGGCAAAGCCUAACACUGAGCAUAGUCAGCACUUUACCAGUUUUAUCAUCACCAACUUCUUGCGUAAAUGCAUCUAUUGGAAGCCCGGGAAAAUCAAAAAAAUCUGGGAAAUACAUCUGCAAACACUGUGGACGAGAUUGUUUGAAGCCAAGUGUCCUUGAGAAACACAUUCGCUCUCACACAGGAGAGAGGCCCUUUCCAUGCACCACUUGUGGCAUUGCAUUUAAAACUCAGAGCAACUUGUACAAACACAGGAGAACCCAAACACACGUCAACAACGCCAGGCUGCCCUCAGACUCUGACAUCACUGGGGGACCAGAGCAAAAUGAGAGAUCAGCAGAGAGCACCACCUCUCCCCAAGGCAGCAAAGCACUGAGUAGCACCAGUGAAGACCAGGGGAUACACAUCAAACAACCCAGUUCAGAGACCAGUGCAGCAACAGACACUAAGAAACCUCAUGAGCUCUCACUGCUAGCAAAAAGCUCUUCAUCAGCUGCUUCAGAAAAUCAAGAAACAAUGAAUCAGUCCUUCAGUUCAAAGGUUAAUCAGGGGGUUCCUGAAAGAGAACCUCAAAGUUUAGCAUCUCCAGGAGCUUUGUCAAAUGGUCCAUGUCUGAGAAAGAAGAUGCAGGAGCAAAGAACUCCCACUGCCAAUAAGCACAUUCAGCUGCAAAGGCAGCAAGCAACCUCUUCAGAGAAGCAGUGGGAUUACAAACCCUUGGACUGCAAGCUGAAGAAGUGUGAGAGCACUGACUCGGGGUAUCUGUCGCGCUCUGACAGCGCAGAACAGCAGAUGACAUCAUCCAGCCCCUUGCACAGUCUCUACGAGCACAGCACGGAACUGGAAAAUGAAACUGCCUUCAGCGGCCCAAGGUGUGCCUCAGGAAGCACUGCAAAGCUGGAGGCAGCUGACAAAGCUACAGCCUCGAUGCUAGAGAAAAAGAGACUGGAAGAACACAUUUCAAAGCUUAUUUCUCACAACAAAAGUGUGGUGGAUGAUACCCAGUUAGACAAUGUCAGGCCCAGAAAAACUGUCCUUUCUAAACAGGGAAGCAUUGACCUGCCAAUGCCUUACACAUACAAAGACUCUUUCCAUUUUGAUAUCAGAACUUGUGAUGUAAAUAGGAAAAAGAAUCUUUCUCUUUGUUCAGCAAAAUCUACCUUUGCACCCCUGGAGAAAUGCAAGCCAAUGUUUUUCCAUUCAGUUCCUACCCAGUUCUCCACAACAAUCGACACUGUGCCUGUUACUCGGAGCAACUCCUUGCCUGUUGUGGAGGGAGCAAGGAUAGUACCUGACAAACCAGGUUGCUCAAAACCACUUUCUCUUACUAAGCAGUCUGCAAACACAGGCACUGCUGGUUUGCUGCCUAGCAACGAUUUUGCUGCGAAUUCAGUGGAUUUCCCUAAUAGCCAUACCCGAGCUCUAGUGAGACAAACAGCAGUGGAUGAUUUGCCCCUAAGUAAUGCGGCUGAUCACCCUUCUCUGUCAGAGGAGUUGAAAGGGGCUAAAAAGCUUGGGGCCAGAGAAGUAAUCAGUGCUAAAAAUAAGAAACACAAUCAAAGGAAGUUGAAGAUGUUCUCUCAAGAAAAAUGGCAAAUGUAUGGAGAUGAAACGUUUAAGAAAAUCUACCAAAAAUUGAAAAGCAGUCAAAAUGCCAAGAAAAUUAAACAGAGAGAGAAUAAGAUUACAGAUAUUACAAGCUUGAUUCCUAAUUCAAGGGAAUCAGCCAGCAGCGCUGAAAUUACUGAGGAAAGAGAUGGCAGGAGCUCUUCAAGUGACAGUCCUUCCGCCCUUGUGACAGCAGCUUCAACCACAGGUAAAUCAGGAACUUGUACUGAUGCUAAUCAUGUUCUGCAGAAUGUGUCCUCUGAGGAAACUGCAGACAGAGUGUCCUACCUAAUGGAGACAUCACAUUCCAUAACUGCUGAACCUGUAACCAGCCAAACUUCCCAAGAGCUCCGUGGCAGUGACACAGAGAAAUGCACAGCUGGCAGCGGCACGCUGCUGGCUUCAAGCAGUGGUGAUCUCAGGCUUCAAAAUCCUGAGUGUCAGCUGAGCAGCGAUGGAAGGAAUGGUGGCUGCUUGCCAGUACAGAGUAGCAACUGGGAGAAACCAAGCCCUGGGAAAGAAUCCAGUGCAUUUGACUUAGACUGUAAAAGCACUUCACACAAUCUUGGGAACCAUCAUGGGACUAAGGAAAGUGGCCAGCAUGGCCUGACGCCCCCGUGGGUCCAUUGCAACAACAGAGAAACAGAAGGGAAAUCCCACAUUUUGCCAUCAGAAAGGAAAAAGCUGAAAUUCGAAGUGGAGAAAACACAAAAUGUGAUUUCAGUGUCCUGCCCUAGUCCCAGUAGAGAAACCACUGCAGCAAGUGAAGCAGAGAGAGUCCAUUGCUCUGGUACUCAGUGUCCUCCCACAGCUCCAGUGAAAUUCUCCAGUAAAGCAGAGGAGCAAAAAUCAAGCGCAGGAAUUAAUGAUGUCACUGGAGGUACUGAGAAUGUGGAAUACAGGAAAACAAUCAAACUUCCCACAAAAGCUCUUAAUUACAGUGACAUUAACCUUCUUUCACAUCCUGCAGGUAUCUCAAAAGCUUCACUGGCAGGAUUUUUAGGAUAUGAAUUAAGGGGAAGUGAUUCCAACUCUUUUGCCUUGCACAGUGCAACAGAUGGAGAUGACAAAACACAUCUUGUAAAAACAGGAGCAGAAGUGCCACUUCUCAAUGACAAUGCUGUGGAUGUGUCUCCUAAAAGUCAUCAUCUGCAACCUGAUCAUUUAAGUCCAGUCCCACAACAAAAUGCCUUCUCUCCAAAAUACAUCCUUAAAUUGCCACAGGACAAGAGAACUUCAGAUCUGUCAUCUUUGCUUAGACCUGAAGGGGAGAUGACAGCUUGCAGACCUCGGACAGAUGACUUAACCACCCCACCCUGCUCUUGCAGCAGCACAUCCCUCUGUUCUCUUUCCAGUGAUGUGGUUUGGUCCCCUCUAAAAUCUGAAGUGAGACGAAAGGCUGGCAAAGGAGAAAUUCAGUGGAAUCUUCACACAAACUGGAAAACUCCAGGAUUCUGUUCAUCAGUCAACUCAGAAACCACAAAUAUCAUAACCACAACAGAGAACACCUUUCGUAACCAGAUCUUCAAGCAGCAGGAUAUUGCAAAAGAGGAUGAGAAAAACAAACAGAACAAAAAUAAAUUAAAUUAUCAAAGGCAAAGAGAAGAGAAGUGGAUGAGUAAAAGUACUUGCUCUACACAGACUCUGCAGAAGAAAAUAUGCUUUACUUCUGUGUAUACAAGUGGCUUUUUCAUAUCUGCUGACAUCAAAGAUGAGAGGAAGGCCUUACAUCACCUUUGCUCAGAAAGUGACUCUUUGAUAAAGACAUCAGUUUCUAGCAAGCGUGCAGAGCCAACAAUCCUGGGAUGGGACAGAGCGGGAAGUCCAUGCAUCCUUAAGGACAUCCCACCACCACUGCAGGAUCCACAGCAUUCCCAGAGCUCACAUGAAAACCCCACUUAUUUUUGCCAUUCUUUUGGCACUUUCUAUUGCCACACUCUCAGCACUCACUGUAAAGAAUUGCCAGUGCUGCCCCACAAUAACAGGACCUGGUACUCUGGCACUUCUCCAGUACCAGGCUCCAAGAGCACCUUCCCAUCCCUCAGUGCUGAGCCCCGGCUGACCUGGUGCUGUUUGAGCAGGAGCUUCCCUCUGCCCUCAGAGCAGAGUGGGAAUGCAGCCUCUGCCCAUCCCUCCUUGCACACCUGUGACAAGGAACCCAGCAGGGAAUGCACCCUGUCAAAGUAUGACAUUUCCAUUUUCAAAAUGAGAAAUAUUAGCAAGAAUGUGGCAUAUGGCUUAACAAACACAAGUUUAAAAACGUUGGUUUCAUCAUUUUCCAAAGGACACCAGAUGCAGGAGUUAAGCUCAGCAGUUCCUGGUGUUUCUUUCAAAAAUAUUUCAGAGCAAAAGAAGAAAACAGUAGCUUGCAAAAAGGAAAAACUCUCAACAAAUAAACUUAAGAGGAGCCACAAACAGAAAAGGAUUAAAGUCACCCCUAAAUGGUACAGAGGGAGGCACAUCCAUGGAUUUGCUCAGCUGAAAAUGAACCAGCUGAACAAGAGGCCCUCUUUUCCCAACAGAGCUCUGGAUGCUUUGAGAAAGGGCUGCUCAUCCCAACCCCCCCGAUUUAAUAAGCAUAAGAAGAGCCAUCCUCCUCAAUCCAAGAUGCAAGAAAAUUAUCUACACCAGCAAAAAGACAUGUCAUAUUCCACCUCAGACAAACAACUUUGCAAAAGGAAAAAAGAAGCAAAGAAUAACUCAGGAAUAUCUUCCCAUACUGAAAACCGAAACCAUGUUAAACAAAAAGACAAAAUGGAUAAAAAAUUCCUACAGGACAUUUCUGGGCAAAUCAGGGAACACCCAAGAACAAACGCCUCUGUCCAGAACAUUACAGCUCCUCUGGGAAUAGCUGUGACAGCUCAUUCCUUUUCCUCCACAGCUGACAUGUCCCUGCAGGAAUUCAGCAGCGACGUGGCCAUUUGCUGCUGGGUGACACAGCCCCUCGUGCUCCAGCCAUCCUUGCCUGGGGAAUCCCAGCCAAGCCUUCGGAGUGACCCCGUGGCAGCUUCCUUUGGGUCUUGCUCUCCUGAAUUUACAAACACAGGCACAGGUGACCAGCCUGACAGCACAAAUCCAGAGGCUGCUGCUCCUCUUUCCUUACAUCCAGGAGCAAGCCAGGAAAACAAACUGAGAGUAGAGUCAGAGAGCCAAAUAUUUGGAAUGUCAGACCCGGUGAUCCAGGCCUCUAGAAGGGAGGAACCUCCAACUGAAGAAAACACACAUUCACCUCCCAAAGAAAACUCACCUCCCAGUUCCCAGCCAGGAUGUUCACGUUUGUUUGGAUCGCAAGCAGAGUCUUUUCCUGAGUCAGUCACGAGGGCUCAGUUACCCAGCAGAGAACACUCAGAGAGGGCAAAUUCAUCUCAGCAUCUCCUGGACCUGCACGGAAGUGCCGACAAGAGCAGAUCCCACCUGCAGCCCAAUCCCUAUGGAAGGCCACAUGGAACAGCUACUGCUACCUUUAAAAAGCCUCCAAUUACUCUCAGAUCCCCUGAGUUCAAGAGUUUCUCUGCAACACCCCCCAAGACGUAUAAAAAGAGAGGUUUAGAGAUGAUGAGGAAACAAACACGGGUGGAGUAUGAUGACACGAGCAGUGAUGAUGAGGACAGGCUGGUUAUAGAAAUAUAGCAACAGGCUGCUGCCAGGGGCUUGUGUGCCAGCCUGUUACAGCAGGAAAUGCCAGGGAUCUUUGAUCCAUAGUUCUGAAACAUCUUAACAUCAGCAAAGCCAUUCCUCUAUGCCAGAGGCAACAUCCUCUUUGGAAGGGCCCUUCCUUUCAAGGACUCAACCUUUUUUAAAAAUGCUCAUUUGAGGCUGGCAUCGCACAUUUAAAUGCAAGAGGUAACCCUGUGUUCCUGUCGGGUUUCCAGCAUUGUUAACAUUCCUGCCAGUCUCAGAAUUCCCACAAGUGCUGGCUGCCAGUGGGUGUGUUACUCCAAGCCUGCAGUGGAUUGGGUUACUUCAACAAUACAACCGCAGCAACUUCCUCAGUUCCUCAGCUCAGAUUUCCUGGAAGGGUACGGAUGUGUUCCCUUCUCUAUAUCCCUCUUUUCUUGUAGUCACUGCCUCCAUACUGGGAGUGACACACUGGCAUUAAGGGGAAGAUCUGUUCCUUAAGUAUCUCUGAUAUUGGAAGAGUCUGGAAAAAUGCUGGUCUUUUCCCAUGUUGCACAAAUGUCAAUGCUUCUGUGUGAGAAAUGACACAAGCAUGCUUUGCUUUGUGUUUUGUGCCUUUUAUGCCAAGAUCUACUCAAAUGUUCUUAAUUUCUAGGUGGAGAAUAUGGGUGUUAGUUAUCGGUAUUUCCUUGUAGUAAAAUUUCUGACAAGGAUUUUCUCAUUAUAUUUGUCACAUUGUGCUCCAACUAAUGUAAUCUGGAAUGUUUCAUUUUUAUUGUAGUUUUAACUGCAAUGAUGCCAUUUUAUGGAGGGUAAAGAAGCUAUAUGGCAUAGCUCAUUUUCUUUUUUUAACAACAAGUUUUGUGCUACAAACCUUAAAGUUUACUGGUUUCUAUGUGAAUAAAUAAUUAGAUAUUUCAAUUUGA